CCAGGAUCGCAGCGCGCGGCGCGCUCCGCUCUCCCAACCCGCAGCCAGUCGGCGGCGCUCCAGCCCACUGAGCGCAGCCUCCACCGGGACCCGAGGCGAACAGCACAGGAUCAGCCGGCGACCCACUUCGGACCAACCCACAAUCGGCCCCGGGACCCACUUCAGACCUGUUCCUUACGGGGGACAGCGCCUCGCCGCUUCCCGCCACCCAGCGCUGCACGCUCCUCGGGACACAGUGCCAACCACCCAGAGGACAAGAUGGAUUGGGGCACUCUCCAGAGCAUCCUCGGGGGUGUCAACAAACACUCCACCAGCAUUGGGAAGAUCUGGCUCACGGUCCUCUUCAUCUUCCGCAUCAUGAUCCUCGUGGUGGCCGCGAAGGAGGUGUGGGGAGACGAGCAAGCCGAUUUCGUCUGCAACACUCUCCAGCCUGGCUGCAAGAACGUCUGCUACGACCACUACUUCCCCAUCUCUCACAUCCGGCUCUGGGCUCUGCAGCUGAUCAUGGUGUCCACGCCAGCCCUCCUGGUGGCUAUGCACGUGGCCUACCGGAGACAUGAAAAGAAGCGGAAGUUCAUGAAGGGAGAGAUAAAGAACGAGUUUAAGGACAUCGAAGAGAUCAAAACCCAGAAGGUCCGCAUUGAAGGGUCCCUGUGGUGGACCUACACCACCAGCAUCUUCUUCCGGGUCAUCUUUGAAGCCGUCUUCAUGUACGUCUUUUACAUCAUGUACAAUGGCUUCUUCAUGCAGCGUUUGGUGAAGUGCAACGCUUGGCCCUGCCCCAAUACAGUGGACUGCUUCAUUUCCAGGCCCACAGAAAAGACUGUCUUCACCGUGUUCAUGAUUUCUGUGUCUGGAAUUUGCAUCCUGCUAAAUAUCACAGAGCUGUGCUAUUUGUUCAUUAGGUAUUGCUCAGGAAAGUCCAAAAGACCAGUCUAAUGCAUUGCCUGGCUGCUAGAGCAACGAUGGAGGGAGAAGCCGAGGCAACCCACGCUUAGUCGCUUAGUCGCCAGAGCUCAGCCACCAGCAGUUCCCAAGACAAGCAUUCCCAUCUUAAAGGCCACCAUUUGAAGUCCCCGUAGGCUUCCCAUGAAACUCCAGAAGCCUCCGUGGGCCUCCCUUCCCCCAAAGCUUCCAAACAAAGGCCCAAUUCUAUGCCUGUAUUAAUGGGUUCUAAAGUUAGUUCCACUGAGACCCCGUGCUGGUAGCAACCAAGCUUGGAGGAUACAUUCACAGUUUAAACAAAGGGAUCUCACAUUGUUUCUCUUCUUCUGAGGGCAGGAGAGAGGAGCCCAGUCCUGAGGAAGGUGCCACUGGGAAAGUUCCUCCCGCGUGGUACCCUCCCCCAAGUUACCCCUAGCUGAAGGUAAAGCAUCUCCAUACUGUUAUUUGCUUUGAUAGUUUAUGUCUGCAACAAUGGACAAAAAGCUAUUUUAAUGCUUCAAGCGCUGUGUACAUUUUUUUUUUAAAUGAAAACCUUAAAAUAAGAUAGGCUCUUUUGUUCCUAGAAUGAUCUGGAAAGCAUUAUACAUUCCCCCUAGUUCAGAGGUUCAGUGUGUGAAGUGAGCAUGGUGUGUAACCAGAUCUCACAGGGUCUUUAAAAGGAAACCUGCAGUGUGGCUGAGGGCCCACCUAUUGUAUUCACCACUGGUGUGCUGGGCUCAGGGCUACAACCCUACUGCCUGUCACAAGUGAGACAAACUGGAAGCGUCUCAUGCUGGCUUCUGACAAGAAGAGGCCUCAAUUAAAAUAGUCAACUGUAAUUUUGUGUAAGAGACAGAUAGGAUAUGCCAACAACGGGCAAGCGCCAUGAGCCUAACUCAGCCCCACCCCACCCCACCCCUAACCCCCACCAGUUUGUCUACUCUGUAGCUGUGGGAUGUUGCAGUCAGCAUCAGAAGAUAGUGCGACUUCAUGCAUUUGCUUGGGAAUUUCACUGCCAUGGGACAAUUCAAUGGUGCAGAAACCAAAUGGGGUGGUUUUCAAAGAACCAAUGAAACGUCUAGACUCCCAGUCCUGUUGAUUAAAACUAAGUUUUUCUACUUUUGAAAGUGUGUUUGCCUUCCUCUUCAGCAUUGCCUUCUUAACUGGAAACAGAAAUGUGGAUAUUUGGAAGAAAUAGAAGAAACUAGUUUAGGUCAAUAUAUAACCUUUCUAGGGCAAGUUGAACCAUUACCAUUAUGCCUUAUGUGUUUCCUACAAGAUGACAGUCAACAAAUCCAACAGGGGACACUUCUUUCUGCCAAGAAUGUCAUUGGAAAGCCAUUUUGUAACAAUAAAUAAGAGUUGUGGUUUCAUGCUUGUCACUGAUAUAAUUUUGUAAACCCCUAAAUGUCCUUUAUUAAAAUAUGAUUAUUUUGUAUACUUUAAAAUUAAAUAAGGUUUUUAAUAGAA